GCAGUCUCGCGCUUGUCUACCUCAGCUUUGCAACUAAGUCACAAUUCCUGAUUGUGGCGUUCAAGGCCCGGUGAUCCGCCUGGCACGCUAGCCGAGGUCUAGGCCUGGGCCCCGCCACGCCCCGAGGUGAUCAUCCAGGUUGCGGUCCGACUCCCUGGUGGUGUGUGAGGUGGACCCCGAGCUACAGGAAAAGCUGAGGAAAUUCCGCUUCCGAAAAGAGACGGACAAUGCAGCCAUAAUAAUGAAGGUGGACAAAGACCGGCAGCUGGUGGUGCUGGAGGAAGAAUUUCAGAAUAUUUCUCCAGAGGAACUAAAAAUGGAGUUGCCUGAGAGACAGCCCAGGUUCGUGGUUUACAGCUACAAGUACGUGCACGCCGAUGGCCGAGUGUCCUACCCCUUGUGUUUCAUCUUCUCCAGCCCCGUGGGCUGCAAGCCUGAACAACAGAUGAUGUACGCAGGGAGCAAAAACAGGCUGGUGCAGACAGCAGAGCUCACAAAGGUGUUUGAAAUCCGCACCACUGAUGACCUCACCGAGGCCUGGCUCAAAGAGAAGUUGUCUUUCUUUCGUUGACCUCUGGGCCGGGCACCUGAACUCAAACCCUCUAGGGCCUGAACAUCUCAGACCUUAAAGAAAUUAAAAUGCCACUUCUCAGAGACCCUCA